AUGACCUCCACCACCAACAACAAUGAUGCCACCGACAUGGAAGCUCUCUAUCGCUGCGCCAUCGCUGACGCCUCCUCACUCACCCAAGCCGAAACCAACCUGGUCUUCGGCUGGGCCUCGCCCGAGGAGGACGAACGUAUCUGCCGCACAAAAGCGAAUGGAAAGACGCGCGCCGAGCUUAUCGCCAUCGCCGCGACAAAUCCGGAGCAGUUAACAAAAGUCGAAUGCCAACUUGUCCAGCGGAGUAAGGCUUUUCUCGCCGAUUUCCGGAGAGAGGAACAAAACCCAAACCAGCCGACACCUGACUUGCUGGGGUUGCUGGAGGUGAUCGACCGCGGCCGAGAUAACCUAAGAGCGGCUAUUAACCUGAGGUCGAUCCCCUUAUAUAAAGAGGCCCACAAGGCUGUUUGGGAUGCGCUUGACGACCGGGAAAGACUUGCGAUUAUUGCGGCAAAGAAUCGGUGCGUGCAGAUUCUGGAUGAGGACCGGGCUGAGGAUGAUCGUAUAUAUGAGCUCCAGAAAGCGCAGCAAGCCGAGCAUCGGGCUAGCUUGGGAUUUUCGAGAGAUUAA